AUGAGAUUCUUCGUAUCUGCAGACGAGACUGGAAACGUUAAAGAGGUUGUUUGUUCCCGAGGAACCGACACCUCUGUCAAGGAUGGCCAAAAGCCGGAAUUGGUGCAGAGCAUUCUCCAAAAAGAUGAAACUACGAACGUCAAGAACAGAAUCAUCGAUAUGAUUGUUUACCAAGAAAAGUUUUUAAUUGCAUCUCGUCUAGGUGGGCUUGUGUCAGUUUACGAGCUCUUCGGGUCAUCGGAAGUUCCAGAGGAAAACUACAAGUUGUUGCACACUUAUAAGUUGCCUGUUGCCCAAGGCGAUAAGGCGAUUGCGUUGAUCAAAGACGAAAAGUCUGACUUUAUCAUUGUGGCAUUUGAGUCUAGCACGGCUUAUAUAAUAUUCUUGAACAAGGGAAACUUUGAUUUUGAGCCGUUGGCUGUGUCCAUUCCUUCCAGAAUUGAGAACAAGCAACUUUCGCUCAGCGCUUUUGUCGCCAAUCCUUACGAGGCCGGUGUCUUUGCAUGCGGAGGUAAGGACAACGACCUCCAGGUGAUCAGGCUCUACGAGAAGAAGAAGGUUUUCAAGAAGCAAGACUUCCAGAAGGCAGACAUGUGGAAACCCAAAGUUUUGUUCCAGGCCGAAAAUGUAGAGCCUGACCACCUUGACUUGACGGUUCCAAUCUGGAUCUCGCGCAUUUUGUUCUUGAAAGAUGCUCCAAAGAAGGGAUACCGUUUGGUGACCGCCACCAGGUACGGCCACAUUCGCAUAUACAAUACAGCCGAGGACGAGGAACCCACACAUUCGUACAAGGUCUGUGAUAAGGCGAUCCUUACGCUCAACUUUGCCACCGAAGAGCAAGACGAGGUCAUCAUUUCCGACAUCCACACAUUCGUGGCACGGUUAUCUUUGGUGAAGAUUGAUAGUAAAGCUCACAAGAUCAUAUCUGCGUCAGCAGGCACGUUUUUCAAGCCCAGCUUAAAGUUGCUCGGGAAAUACUCGGAAGGAGGCAACACGGGCGCAAUCCAUGGUGUUGAUGUGUCGUACGAGGAUGGUAUUGUUGCGUUUGGCGGGCUCGACCGGUACUUGCGUGUGUUUGACAUCAAGACUCGGGCGUUGUUGCUGAAGGUGUAUUUGGGGACGCAAGUGAGCACGCUCUGCAUCCUUGACAGCCAAGACGGAGACGAUGAAGACAAGAAGCGGAUGGUUGAAGAGCGCGACGAGGAAGAGUUCUGGAAGGAGCUUGGCGAUGCACCAGCGAUCCAGAAGAAGAAGAGAAGGAUCUAA